CUGUUUCACUUGUUUACAGUUAAUGAGGAAGUCACUGCCUGGAAAAAUCAAAACUCCGCCUUCAAAAACCCCAGAGAAUCGUGCUAUAUGCACUCAUCCGUACUGAGACUCACAGACGUGCCACGCAAGUUGAGUUUAAGAAAUACUGGUCAGUUUUCAGCGCUGCAGCAUGACUCUGACAGUGUCUCAAGGUGAGGGUUUGACGGUCAUCACCGUCACCUCAAACCCAAAGAGCAGAUGGCGCCUACUGUGUAAGAUUCUGGGUUUUCUGUGCUACAGUCCAGUCUGUUCUGUAUCCCAAGACAUCAAAAAAGGGCAACUGAAGGUCGUCCACACAAGUUUUGGAAUUGUGCAGAUGUUAAUUGGAGUCCUCAAUAUUGUGGUGGGGAUUGUGUUUACAUGCGUCGGCUUGUACUAUAACAUGUAUAGAAUGGCCCAGGGACCCUAUUGGCUCGGUGGUGUGUUCCUUGUUGCUGGAAUCGUGUGUAUUCUUGCAGCUAGAUUUCCCAAUUCUUGUCUGGUGAUAAUCGGGAUGGUUUUGCAAAUAGUCAGUGCUGCACUGGCUAUCACUGCUGUUGUGCUGUAUUCAGUGGACCUUGCAAAUGAUCAUACGAACUACUGUGAAACCUACAAUUCUUAUUAUUCAAGUUAUGAUUAUGGUUAUGGUUAUGGUUAUGGUUACGGUUAUGGAACACCUUCCCCAGAAAUUAGUAGGAGAACUGACAUCUGUCUGCAAUACAGGAACCUCAUUGAGAUGAUCUUCAGAGGACUAGAUAUCAUGAUGAUAGUGCUGUCGGUCCUUCAGCUCUGUGUGACCAUCAGUUUCUGUGUCUUGACUGGAAAAGCUUUGUGCAAGAAUGAUGAAGAUGCAAAGUCGGUGGAGGAUCCAGAACUUCACAAGCCGCUCCUGGAAGAUGACACUGCUGGUGCUGCAUGACAAGAUGAACACUUGCAUACAUAUUUUUGUUUGAAUAUUCAUCAAACGUUGUCUUUUCACAGAUGUUUUCAAAAACUUUUUUUUUUAAAUGAAUUACUUGAGGAUACUUGAAAAUAAAAAAGAUGCAAAUAGGUAAUCAUAAAAUAAGCCAUGAUGUUUUUUUGAGUAUGAAAAUCUUGCCUGUUUCUUAACCAUUUUAUGUUUGACUGACACAUUCAUCCCAUUAAGUUAAUUAGUUUUUAUUAAAACUAAUCCAUGAAUGGAAAUUUUAUAUGUAAUUUAAAUACACAAUUUUAGGGUGUGUAAUUAUUUUCAUUAUUUUUUUGACUCAUGAAUGUCACUGUAAAAACUGUGCCUCAAUGUCAAGUGCCUCAGGUAUCCUUUUGAGUACUCCAGGAACCUUAAAAUGUAUUUUAAGUGCCUCAAAGCUCUUUUUCUCAUAAUAGGGUUCCUGGAGGAACCAUUAUAGUCUUUGCAGUUCAUGCAGGAACUCAUGGGAUCCUUGAACUUUGUUCCCAGUUCUGAGGUUCUGGAGUCACCCUUUCAUUACACUGAGACCUCAAAGUGCUCUGGAGGUUCCUGGAGGAACUCCCAUUUUAAAAAAGGGUUAUUGUAAGCUCUGUUAACAUUAAAGUGGUUCCUGGAAGAUCUCACUUGUAAAAGCCAGCAUCUGGAAUAACCCAGAGAAGUGACAAAAAUUAUAUUUGAAUUAUAAUAAUUAUUAUUAUUAUUUACUUUUUAGGAAUCUGAUGGAACAAUGAGUUUUGUGGCACUUUCCAUGUGAAAAAAAUAAAAAAAUAAAAACCUAAA